AUGAUAUGGUGCAUGGCGACCUGUGAGAGACGCCUUGAAGUUGCUCAGGACCUCUUUGAGAACGUUUUCUGGAGCAAGAUGAUGACUUGCAUGACGCACUUUUGUCGUAAUUGGCGAAGAAAAGGUUCCGUCGCUAAAUUCAGGUGUUGGUUUUGUUAUGUGCUCAUUUGUCCACCUUGUCGAUACUUGCGAGACCUUGUCAACUCUUCUGACUUCUCUUCGCUUCCUCUCUCUGCAAAAAAAAAUCCAUCUGACACAGCAGCCGAUGAAUCUAAAUUUUAUGAGGAGCUGGAGGAUGUGAUACACAAGGAAAAGGCUCUCUACAAGUCCAUUGUUGGAGACUUUAAGAUCAAAGUAGGAAAGGCUAGAAGAAAGGAAUACACGUUCAGAAGAUUUGGAUUAGUUGAUGUUUCAUGGCUAGUGGAGCGAAAACGUCAACGGGACAGUGAACUCCAGGCACUGCAAAGGCGAAGAAAAAGAUAUGUUGUUCGAAAGAAGCGAUGGAGGCACAAUCUGCUUACUUGGCGGAUUGACACGAGUAAUAUUAAAAAGGAGGACGAGUACGUAGUGAGAGCAACCCUCCAUCGAGCGUUCCAAGAAUGGAGUGCAGUUUCUAACGUCCGAUUCGAAGAGGUUGCCGACAAAUCCGCUGACAUCGUAAUUGGCUUCGAACGAGGAAAACAUCAAGAUGAUUUUCCCUUCGAUGGAAAAGAUGGUAUCGUUGCACACGCUUUUUAUCCUCGAGAUGGCCGCCUACAUUUUGAUGCGGACGAGGACUGGAGCUUGAAUUCCGCCACGGGGGUAAAUCUAUACCAGACUGCUGUGCAUGAAAUAGGUCAUCUUCUCGGAUUGGAACAUUCGGUGGAUCCUCGAGCGGUAAUGUAUCCUGCGAAAAGACCAUACAACUCCGAUUUCACUCUAGAAGAUGAUGAUGUUCGUGCUGUUCGCAUCCUCUUUCCGUCGGAAGAGGAAUUCAAGACCUAUGAGAAAAAGAAAUCGCCACACCUGAACGAGGCGGAUCGAGAUCGUGAAACGAAUUUGCCAGUGAUAGUCGAGAAUCUGCACGGUGGACUCUCGCAAGAAAAAUUCAAUAAUACUAAUAUGGAGUUCAUAUUCCCAUUUCCGCUUCCACAACUACAUCAAAAAUGA